AUGACCUGUUAUGGGCUCUGGUGGCUCUUAGAUGAUGGUUCCCUUGUGGCUGCGUGCAGCGGGGCUGGGGAGGGAGAUGGCAAGUCCAGACAUGACAGUAAAGACAGAGAUGGACAGUCGAGUCCGGUUUCCAGCAGGAUGGGGAGGUCAUCUGUCAGUCCCACCAUGAUGCUGACGGGAGGAGGAGAACCAAAGUCUGCGGGUAAACUUGGCCGUUCAGCUUCGACUUCAGGAGUUCCUUCACCAGGUGGCACGCCACAUCGUCACCUGCAUGAGCCGCAUCACCUUGCCCUAAGCCAGAUGCCAUGGCUAUGUGGCGACGCCACCAUGAUGGAGAUGAUUGAGAAAAAGAGAGUUUUAUGUCGAGAGAUCAAAGCUCGUCAGCGGCCAGAUAAGAAUCUGUGCAAACAGGACAGUAUGCCCAUCCUGCCCAGCUGGAAGAGGAAGCAGCCACCGCCAUACUCGGCCUCGCCCACUGCCACCGCCAUGCUGCCACCGUGUUCUGGGACACCGCCAUCUGAAAGACAAAUACUUGCGCCAUGA